AUGACGACACCGGGAACUCCAAACGCAGGUCCACGCCGCUCUCUCGCCCGUCUCCGACUGCCGUCUGGCGCAAACACGCCUAAUCCGCCUCAGAUAUCGCCACCAAUGCUAUCGCCCGACACGGUUCUCGCGCGGAAACAGUCGCUUAACCAGCUAGUCCAGAAUAGCUCUUCUAAGGAUAGUGGGUAUGGCGGCGACAGCGAUGGCGGGCUGGAGAUUGGGGAUAAGGUUAAUGUCCCCGGUGGGAUGUACGGAGUUGUCAAGUUUGUUGGAACGGUAAAAGGGAAGCCCGGUGUCUUUGUUGGAGUUGAACUUGAAGGGCCGCAUGCGGUUAAUGGGAAGAACGAUGGGACGGUUGAAGGCACGAGAUACUUCACAACAUCAAUCCCCCACUCUGGAAUCUUCCUCCCGCUGUCUAGAGCGGUCCUACGCCACUCCGGAUCCUCUGUCAAGUCUGAUACCCCCUCGGUCGUCACUUCUCCAGCUGAGCCAACAGCUUCAUCCCCCCUCCAGCCACCUAAGAAGCCCUUCGGUCGCCCAUCCCUCCCGCGACCACAAUCACCAGCUCAAAGAAAUGCCACACCGCGCCCAGGUCUCUUACCUAGUACGCCACGGUCAGGAAGUAGCCUUUCCAACCGUAUGUUUUCGCCAUCUCCCACACCCGGCAUGGGUCCUCAGGGUCCAAUUGGUGGCCGUGUAAGGGCUGGCAGUAUUUCUUCCAACGCCGGUGAUGUUCCACCAGGAACCCCCGGGCGCAGAAUAGUCUCACAGAACCCACGUGGGCUUCGUCCAGGCUUCAAUUCCAAGCCUUCACAACCUUCACAAUUCCAAAGGGAAUCAACUCCUCGUGCUAGCUCUUCGAUGUCAUUCACGGACUCUUCACCUGUCGAAGAUCUUAUGGCUACUCCUAAAGCUAAUGGCAAUUCCCCUUCUGGGUUUGUUGCAAAACUUACACGGAUGAGCCGAGAAGAAGGAAUGAGUAAAGAGGAGGAAGAUAAGGGAAUGAUUGCUAUCCUCCAAGCACAGCUGAGCGCUAAAGAUCAUCAAUUGAAGGAGCAGGCGAAUAAUCUGCUUGAGAUGGAAAGUAGUCUUAAUGAGCUCCAGUCGUUGUUAUCAGAUGGUGUUGCCGCACAACAACAGCAGCAACAAGCACAGCAAGCCCAGGCAGCACAACAAGCAGCACAAAUGAACGGAGCUAGGGGAUUAGGAAGAAAGACUAGUUCUAUAAGCAUCAAUAGCGGUGAUGGCGAAGAGGAACUAGAACUUGCACAGUUAAGGCACUUGUUGAGAGAGAGGAACGACAAAAUUGGACAGUUACAAGUGGAUUUUGAUGCCCACCGUGCCGAUUUUAGAAGUACGAUUGAUACUUUAGAGAUGGCGGCUACGGAAACCGAAAGAGUCUAUGAGAAGAAAGUUGAAGAUCUACUACUUGAGCUUAGGGAGAGCGAGCGGCUUAGGGUUGAGAUGGUUGAGGAACAGAACAGACGGGAAGAGGAGACUGGGAUGGCUAGGGGAAUCAUGGACGGAGGGGUUGAGAGUGUUGCAAGGCAGCUGAAGAGCUUGGAAGGGUUGGUGGCAGAGUUGGAGGAAGGCUUGGAAGACGCGCGACGGGGAGAAGCGGAGGCUCGAGCUGAAGCCGAGCAUUGCAGGGGGGAAAGCGAACGACUAAAGGAGGAGCUACGUCGAGAGAAAGAAAAGGUUGGAGCCUACGAACGACGAAUGGACGAUCUGAAGGACCAAGUUAAGAACGGGGAUACCGAGGUCGAAAAGAAGAAUGAUGAGAUCCGAGGGUUGAAGGCAUUGAUGACUAGUUUGUCACGCGGAAGGGCGCCUGGUGGCAAUCCUGAGGAGAAGAAGAAGUUGGAAGAGAGGAUUAAGGAUUUGGAGGGUUUGUUGGACCGAAAGAACGCAAGGGAGGAAGAAUUGGAGAAGGAGAUUGAGAUACUGAAGGCCGAUGCUGCUGCUGCUACUGCUGCUACUACUGAUAGUGCUAGUGCCACCAGUAUUACUCCUGAGCCAUUGGGUUUGAAGAUCACGAUGCCGGCCAACAGAGAAGAACAGAAGAGCCUUGUUGUUACUAAAGAUGUUGCUGGCGUAGCCAAGAAGAAUGGUUUGAAGGCACGACUCCAGGAGGAUUCUCCUGCACUCACCGAUAUCGAUGAUGAUGAUGGAGAAGAUAUCAUCAACGGUCCAGGAUUCGGUGGGCCUCCACCACCAACAUCAGCUCUCCCACCACUUCCAACAAUCAUUGCGUCUAGUUCGCCACCUCCACCACCAAAAAAGGAUGCCCCCUUGCCAGCCACCCCUCCACCACCUCCAGCGAAAGAACAAUUUUGUGACUUGUGUGAGAAACCUGGUCACGAUCUAAUGAGCUGCACUGAGAUGUUCACUGGUAAGAGCUCUACUAGUGGAGAUAAGAAGGAUAGCGUUGCUACUUUCUCCACGCUUGAGAAAGCUGGUAUGACACCACUGCCGUUAAAUGCCGCUGGUGUCAACCCAGGAAGGAGUUCGUUGGAUGUAGAGGAUGAAGGAAGAGGUGGGGUCAGUUUGGGAAGGGCUACGACUCCUAGUGGAAACGCUGGAUCAUCGGGUAAUGUUAGUAGUGCGGCGAAGGAUGAUGAUGAUGAUGAAGGGUUGCCACCUGUGGCUGGGAAGAGCAGUGGGGUUAUGGAUCCGAAGAAAUGGUGUGCCUUGUGCGAGAGGGACGGUCAUGACAGCGUCGAUUGUCCGUUGGAUGACUUUUAG